AUGUCCUUAUCUUCCUUCAAUUGUAAUCCUAGUGUAGAAGGGAAAAAAGAAGAUGGAGUUUCAAGUUCGUGUGUUUUCAGUUGGUCAAAUUUACCGGAUGAUUUAAAAGUUGAGAUCUUGUCUCGAAUCCCGGAUAAACCUCUUAUCAGGCUCAAGUGUGUGUGCAAAUCUUUGUACUUUCUGAUUUCAAAUGCAUGUGCUCCUAGAUUCUCCUCCCCUUCUCCAUCCGCCGUUUUUUACGGCUUAAUCUACAGCCGAGUGGGUGAAAAUUCUCUUACAUUAGCUCCUGAUUCUAAGUAUGGAACUGUUGCAAGAGGGCUUUUUCUUCUAGCAUCCAGAUCUUCCAAUCCGACUCAAUAUUUCGUGUGCAACCCCACCACCUCUGAAUGCAUCAGAAUUCCUGUUAACCCCUUACAUGGUGAUUUCAAGUACUCCUCGCUAGCUUUUGAUCCUACCGUUACGCUUCACCAUAAAAUUAUUAGGUUUGCCAGAGUCACUCAAAUAUUGAAUCUGGAUGUUUAUUCAUCUGAGACUGGCGGUUGGGCUUGCCAUACUAUCGAUUUUGAGCCCGUUCUUGACCUUGGCCGCUGGGUUCAAAGUUCUGUUUACUUGAAUGGGGUUUUAUACAGGUUGUCAAUGGCCAAGUACUUGGUGUGUAUCAAUCUCGGAUUAAAAGAACAUACAAAAACAAAUGUGAAAUUGAAAGCUCAGGCUUUUGAGCUGCCUCAAAAGGAUGAAUUCGAUCAAUGUGGAUCUAUUGGGACAUCCAAAGGGGCUUUGCUUUACUUCAUCAAAGAUAAUUAUAGGAUACUAAUCUGGACGUUUGAUGACAGUUGUUGUUGGGUGCUCAAGCACAUCACCAACUUUCAUGGUUCCGUUUGGCACCGACCGCUGCAUAAUAUUUUAAAAUUUUAUCCUGACUUCAGGAAGUUCAAAUUUUAUGCUUUUCAUCCGAAUGAGGAUCAAAUUUUUCUGGGCCUUCUUUGUGUCAUACUAUUUUAUAAUCACAAUACCAAGGAUUUUUAUUUCCUUUAUCUGUUGAGCUGUUGUGAUGUUGGGAUUUCCAAAGAGUACUAUGUACUCCCUUGCUCGCGCAGUGGAGUUGUUCUGAAUAGUGUCAUCAAGAGCCAUUAGAGAUCAACAAAUUCAUGCUCUUAACCUGUUGGGGACAUUAAGCAUGGGGCUUUUGAUGGUGAAAUGCAAUCUGACACAUUCGUUCUUGCCUACUAUGAAUCUGCGGGCUUUACUAAUUUGUUGCAAACUCAUUUUUAGCGUUGAUUUCAUGUUAUUUUCUAGUGACGAGUUGAAAUUGCUCCACUGUGCAUACGGGUUUAUGUGCACCUUAUAAAUUUAUCCAAUGUUUCAACCAUCAUUUUGGUUACUCUUAGCAUAACUCUAUUAUUACGUGCCUUCUUUUUUUAAUCAGCUAUUGUGAUUAACGUUCCUUUU